UACGCGCAGGCGCAGCGCGGCCGCGGUGGGCGGAGCUGACGAGAUGAGUGGCGGUGGCGCGGAGGCCGCUGUGGGUGGUGAGGUCCCCGCGGCGGGCGGCCACAAAAAGAAGGACUCGCUGGGGACCGCGGGCUCGCCAGCGCACCUCAUUAUCAAGGAUCUUGGAGAAAUUCAUUCAAGGCUGUUAGAUCACAGACCGGUUAUUCAGGGUGAAACCCGUUAUUUUGUGAAAGAAUUUGAAGAAAAGCGUGGUCUUCGAGAAAUGCGAGUUCUUGAGAAUUUGAAGAACAUGAUCCAUGAAACAAAUGAACAUGCUCUUCCCAAAUGUCGAGAAACAAUGCAUGACAACUUAAACCAAGUUCUCCAGAGAUUGCAAACAGCUACUGACUCAGUCUAUAGACUCCAACAGAGGGAGCAGGAACGAAAAAAGAUUUAUAAUGACCAUUUAAUAGCUAGUGAAAACCACCAUAUAAUCCAGUGGGAAGACUUCAUGAAAGAACAACACAACAAACAGGCUGAAGUGGAUGAAGAGCACAGAAAAGCUGUGGAGAGGCUUAAAGAACAAUAUGCUGAGAUGGAGAAGGACCUUGGAAAAUUUUCAACCUUUUAAGAACCUGAACCACAACAGUGUGAAAGCAUUGACUUCCCCCAAAGAACUAACUAUUCUCAUCAAACCAUUUAGCCUCUGCUUCAAGCCUAGCAAUAUAUUUAGUGGCACUCCUAUCAGGAGAAAGGAACUUCUACCUGAGUACUAAUUGUUUAGUGGAAAAAGAGUGCUAUAUCUUUCCUGUUUAAGUGCCUAUAUAUGAUUAUUUGGGCAAGAGUAUGAAGAAAAAUUGGAUAAAUUUACUUUUUUGUUAAUCAGAAUUGGUCUUUUGUUUUAUUGAUUGUCUCAGAGAACUGAAAGUAUAGACCUCUUAGAAAAAUAAUUCAUUCUUAUACGGAGUUAAUAUUAGUUUAUUAUUGUGGCUUAGAAAGCAGAUAUAAUAGUUGCCCGCUUUAGCCUCCUUGGCUAUUGGAAGAAUAUGUCAAGUGUUUUUCCAUGAGUAAUGUAGACAAAAACAGUGGUCCUUGGAACAGAGAUCACCUUUAAGCGGUGAGAGUAAAACACUCUCUACUGUAGCAAAGGUGGACAUGUUGGUCAUUGAACUGCUGAAAGGUUACAAAGUCUGCAGUGCAGCAUAAUACCACGUGUUUCACUGCUGACAAGACACACUUAUUAAGUUUUGUGGCCUUCCAGCACUUCAUACAUCCAGCUUUUAAAACAUGCUUUGAAGGAAAAGCUUACCAAAAAUAUAGUUUGACUUUUAGCCUUUCCAAGAACCAUAAUCUUGCCCAUAGUAUUUACCUCAUUUUUGUGUCUCUCUUGCUGUGGGUGAGCUUUGUAAGACAAAUAAUCUCUAAAUAUGUUUCAUCUGGGUAAUGAGUAAUCAGCAAAAUCUGCAAGGAGUUCCUCUGGAAUCAUACAAUUAUUCUGGCUCUGAAUAUGCCAAAAGUAUUUGCCCUCAUGGCAAAUAAUCCAUGUUAAAUGUAAAUCCUUUUUAGUGUUUAGCAUCUGUUCUCAUAAGCAGGUGUAUUGUGAUGAAACAUGUACCAACUCAGUCAUCACUGUGAGCUUUAAAAAUCUGCAUUUAACAGUGUAAUUGAGGAACUAAGUUAUUUUUUUUAUUUGCCAUAAACAAAGCAAAAUUAAAUGCAAUAUUUCAAGAGGUUUAUGGCAAAUGAAUUUGAGGUAUGGAUAAAUCUUCCAAAUAUUUUUUAUUGCCCUUCAAUAAAGAAAGGCACAGAAAGAACAUAUCCAACUCUCUCAUGUAUCUCAGUCUUACCAGUGCAGAAAGUGACAAUGCUGGCUUGUGUAAAUUUAUGGCGUACUGUCAAAGCUGCAUUCUUGGCUGCAUGUUGAAAAUGUGAUUAAAGUUAAUAGAGGAGAUGAAA